AUGUCUUCUAUCAAAAUCACUGGGGAGGAUAAUCAAGUACUUGAGCCCGUAAAUCAAACGCUAUGCGAAAUCUGCCAAAAGCAAUUCUCAAAUUAUGUAUGCCCUCGUUGUAACUUACGCUACUGCUCACUAGCUUGUUACAAAGACCUCCAGCACGCAGAUUGUACAGAAUCAUUUUACAAAGAUAGUGUCACUGCUGAAAUACAGAACCGAGAACUCGACAAGGAUAGUAAAAACAAAAUGUUGGAAAUGUUAAAACGACUCGAGGAAGAAAACGAUCCCAACAACCUACUAGACAGCGAUGAUGAAGACGAUGAGCAACACAGUGAGCUGAUGCAGCGAUUUGCAAACAUAGACAUUGAGAACACAGACCCUGAUUUGAUUUGGGAUCUGUUGUCGGAUAAAGAGAGAUUGGAGUUUGAGCAAGUGCUAAAAUCAGGCGAUUGGAACAAAUUAGACAUACCCACUUAUCAGCCAUGGUGGAAGCAGCGUGUAUCACUGAUACAGGAAAAUCAACAAGACCAACAAGACGACAGACCUAUUAUGCCAAAGACAGUGCCUGACUUCACCAAAAUGACAAAGCCUGCUACUCGAUCCAGCCCUCAUUUAGCAUGGAAUCUGCUUCAUUUACUAGGCACCUACAGCUAUCUGAUGCGCCAUUCGCUGGGAGAUUUGUUGGAGGAUCCAGAGGACACGGUUAAAGUAUGCGAGGAGCUAUCGGUGAAUGUCUUGUACUCCAAGGCUGCUGAUUGUCCAUUUCAGAAUGUGGGCGAUGUCGUAGAGGAUUUGACUGAGCGCAUCAUCGAACGAGAAAACACAACUGCCUCAUCGAAACGAGAGUUCAGCACCCAAAGGAGAUACGACUUGCGAUUACUACUGUUACAAGACUUGGAGUCUCUGAUAAACGACUGCAUUCGAGCCAUGUAUGAUUUUUGGCAGGCUAUCCAUCAAACAGCUACUGCAAAGAAAAAGAACAAGAAGGGUUUACUGCUGGCAGCACGCAAGCUGUAUUUCUACCUGGCAGCGGCUGCAUAUCUGGAGCACGACAGACUUCAAGUGAUACGCAUGGCGAUACAAAGCGAGACAACACGAGUGCAAACAGAAAAAGAAGAGUUUUCGAGAGAUUUUGAAGCAGCACAAGAUGCCAUCAAGAAGCAUCAACAGCAAAAGCAAGAAACAGACAAGAUCAAAAUUCAAGAAUUGUAA